UCAUUAUAUUCUUGCUGAUAAAGGAACUGAUUUCUUUAGGUUGGUUAACGUCAGAUCAAGCUGUGGCUUAACAGACUGCAACGGAGGUGAGGACAACAUCUGUGUAGAAGAUUUAACGGCAAAGACAACUCUAUGAAAUGUACACAGCGACGAGCACAGACGAUGCCACUCAGAUGCAAGUCUUCAGAGCAGAUAACAACUCAUCAAACUGGAAGAGACUCCGAUGUUGUCUGAAAACCAACUUGCUCCUGAUAAGAACCAUCAUAUCAGUGGUCCUUGGAGUGAUUCUCGGAAUGCUGACUCGUCGGCUAGAACCCACCCAAGACACUGUCAGCCUUAUCGGUGUCCCAGGGGACCUGCUGAUGCGCAUGUUCAAGAUGUUAUUGCUGCCUCUCGUCACCUCCAGUAUGGUCACAGGUGUGGCAAAUCUAAACAAGUCAGGUGGAAAGUUAGGAAUCAUCGCGUUGGGGUAUUACAUCUGCACCACUAUUACAGCCACUUUCCUCGGAAUCGGACUGGCUGUCAGUAUACGACCUGGGGAGGUUACCAAAGCUGACCCAAGUCCCGACAGUGUCUUUGACUAGCCAUUACCAGUAACCACGGAUGCCAUAUUAGACCUAUUGCGAAAUAUCGUCCCCGAAAACAUCAUGCAAGCUUCAUUCCAACUUUCCAAAACAACAUUUACCAAAAACAUGGUUGAGCCUGUGAACACUAGUGAAACAUCGGUAUCACAGACUAAUCACAGUUCAAACAACUUCAAAUAUGGUGGGUAUAUCUGGCAGAAAUCCGUGAACUACCAAGACGGCAUGAAUGUCUUAGGGAUCCUGAUGUUUUUUGCGGUGUUUGGUGUGAUGCUAAAUAGGAUGGGCGAGUCUGGACGUGCUAUGCUGGACUUCUUCAACAUUCUGAAUGAAAUAACCAUGAAUAUGACAAAGCUGGUUAUGUGGUACAAUCCUAUUGGUAUAUUUUUCAUCAUUAUGAACAAAAUUCUUGAAGUACCGGACUUAGAAGCAGCAGCUAAGUCACUGACGAUGUACAUGGUCACUGGUCUCCUUGGUUUAGCCAUCCAUGCACUGAUCGUGCUGCCAACGAUCUACUUCACACUGACCAGGAGAAAUCCUUUCCGUGUGUCCCUGGGCAUGAUGGAGUCUCUUCUGACUGGACUGGGUACAAGUUCCAGCGCAGCGGCCCUGCCUGUUACUCUGCGCUGCUGUGAAGAGAAGCUGAAAUUCAACAAGACCAUCUGUCGGUUCGUGUUGCCUAUAGGAGCAACAAUUAAUAUGGAUGGUUUGGCCAUUAUUCAGGCUGUCACACCUAUCUUCCUGGCCCAGAUGAACCAGAGGAUGCUCGCAUUUGCAGAUUUAGUAGCAAUCAGCCUGUCUGCAACUCUGGCAAGUAUCGGUGCUGCUGGGGUCCCAGGAACUGGCUUCAUCACCAUGUUAGUGGUUGUGGCUGCUGUGGGUUUACCUGUAGAGGAUGCCUACUUGGUGCUGACUGUGGAUUGGUUCAUGAUGCGCAUGGUGACACUGGUGAACGUCUAUAAUGACAGUUUGGCAGCAGGAAUACUCACGAGAUACUUCACCCUGACUCCCAACUCAGAAGAGCCGUGAAACUAGAAUAUCUCGACCUUUUCAAUUAAGCUGGGCGUUGAUUGUUCAUUUGCUUUCACUCACUGAAUUGCUUGACUCGACUUUUUAAUGGCCGUCGUGAUAUGGUUGGAAUAUUGCAGACAACAUAUACGCCAUCACUUACCUAUUUCAAGAGCAACUUUUUAAUACUUCCAUUUCUUUACUGUUUAAUCACAUUUUAUAUCAACCUUACGUCAAGGUGUGCUUCAUUCAGUUUAGUGAUUUAUUUCAAAUGGCUUGUAUGCUUUUUCAUCUCUUCUGGAGAUGUUAUACUGGGAGGCUCAAUUCCGGAUACAACUAUAAACUAUUUAAUCAGGACAUUCGACACCCUCAUCAGCUUUCAUAAUGUAGUAUCUAUUCCGAUUUCAAAAGUGUGCAUUGUUUGGUAUGUUCAUUGA